AUGUCUAUAUUUGAUCCUGAUUCAAAGAAUCGCUUACCUUCUGCACCUUUCACUUUUCAAUCAACACUCAACCCAACAGAUGUAGAUGAAAUAGCUUAUCCCCAGUCAACAAAAUUUUACAAGAAAGACGAAGGAUCUUUUGAUGCUGAAUCAUACCUAACAGUAUCUUCUACAGGAGACGCGGUAGUGGAACAGAAUGUGGCAAUUAAUAAUUAUCAAAAGAUUCACCUCAAUCCACUUUUUAUGUACGAUGGUGACAUAAAUUGGUCUGAAUCAAAUCAAACCUUGGGAGCAAAAUUCAACCCAAGUUCUGUAAACGGUUUGAUGUGUUAUGUCUUUGGAAAGGAACCAAAAGAAAAGGCAGAAAAGGUUGGAGAAGAGAUGAUUCAUCAAGAUAUUCAACUUUAUAUGUGUUCUUUAAAUGAUUUGAUGGAUGACCGGAGGUCGUUUAUGGAAGCAACUAGAGUUGAUCGAAAAGACAUAAUACGUACGAUUAAAUUAUCUAACAUCUAUUCGGAUUAUUCAAAUUUAAUUUCAAAACGUAUUAGAAGACUUGAAGGGAUGAAAUCUAAAGAUGAUAUAAGUGAUAAAAUUUAUUCAGAAUUGGAUACAUUUCAAGAUAUUUUUUCUGUAUGGGAAUUAUGUCGAAUCAUUUAUAUUCCAUCAAAACAAGAAUACAAUCAAUUUGGCCAAUUUUCACACGAACUUUUAAAAUGGAUAAAUCAUUGUUUUCCUUUACCUGAUGAAUUUUUUUGGUCUCGUCUUUACAAGUUGAUUCUUCGAGGGUCAUCUCAAGCAAAAACAUAUUUAGAGAGCAUUAUCAAAGAUGGUGGUGCAGAGUUUAGUGAUCAUAUUAAGCUUGUGUUAGACAUACUGGAUUCUCGACCACGUACUACAGAGCUUGAAUAUCAUGAGUUCAACCUUCGUAGGCAUGAAUGGCUCAGUAAGAUUAGUGACCUCCAGACGAAACUUCGUGGUGAGGGUUUUUUAGAAGGAAAGAUCAAUAAAAUUUUAAUGAUAUUACGUGGGCAUACAAAAACCAUAACUGAUGAGUGUUCGACAUGGCAAGAAGCUCUUGGAGGUCUUGUGUAUCACCGUCGUCCAACAUGUGACGUACAGGAAUUGGAAAAUAUCUUGAAUGUAAUAUUGAAGGAAAAAAAAACGUGCAAUACCGCAUUGGAUGAUGCAUUAAUUCAAUUCAUUUUUCGGAAAGUUGAGAAAGGGAUUCAACAUUGCGAGCGCAUCGAUUUGUGGUUAUCUGCACAUUUGUCCGAUAUUUUAAAUAAACUAGAUUUAGUCGGACGAAUUAAUUCACAAAGUUCCCAUCAAAAAAAAAAAUUUAAUAUUACAACGCAGCCUGAUGUAGAUAUUAGAGAAUAUUGUUUACUUAAUUAUGCCGAAUCUAUGGUGUCUCAUACCACACUUUGGCAGUUAGCGUUUAAAUAUUUUGAACAUUGUGAAAUAUGUGGAUAUUCAUAUAUAUCUCAGCUUGUUGUCAGGAUACCAUUUGAAGACGAAUAUAAAGCCAAUAAAUUACUGAGUAUUUGUAAACACAAUGGGUUAACUCUUCAAGAAAAAACAAUUUCAAGGAGAUACGCAUCUGCGAUAGUAUACUUUAUAAAUGCUGGAGAUACUGCAUCACUGGAAGUAAUCUAUCGUAUGUUUUUGGAUUAUUAUAUUGACACUGGUAAACUAACAUUCCUGGACACUAUUGAGAGUAUACAACUUGAUGAUGCAUCUCCUGUAUCAAUUAAGUUCUUAUCGAGAUAUAGAUUAUUUCACGCAUUAAAACAGAAUGGAGAAAUACAAAGAGCUGGAGCAAUAUUGAUGGAAUUGCUAAGGGCGCAGGUUGCGCCCAUAAGUUUUUGGCCUGUUUUAUUACUCAAUGCACUACCAUUAUUACAAGAAGGGAAAGCACGCAAAAUGAUAAUCUUUAGUACACAAGAUACGCUAGAAAUUUUAAGAAAUCUUCAAGAUGUUACGUCAUUCGUAUACCAAGACGAAUGUUUAGCGUGUAUUGAACGAUUAAAGAAAUGGCAUACUCAAGAGAAUGGAUAUUCAGAAUUGGACAAAAAUUUAACAGCCUUAAGGCUAGCACUUUUACAAAAUUCAGCAGAUUGUUACAUCGAGAAUUCAUCUUCACCUUGGAUGUUUGAGUAG